CAGAGGAAAUGGUUUCGGCGGUGGUCAACCUUCUAGCUCUUACGGAGCACCAUCCAAUGGACUCGGUGGAAACGGAGGUUCAGGUGCCGGAAGACCAUCCAGCAGUUACGGAGCACCUGGUGGAGGAAAUGGUUUCGGUGGUGGUCAACCUUCCAGCUCUUACGGUGCACCGUCCAAUGGACUCGGUGGAAACGGAGGUUCAGGUGCCGGAAGACCAUCCAGCAGCUACGGAGCACCUGGUGGGGGAAAUGGUUUCGGUAGUGGUCAGCCUUCUAGUUCUUAUGGUGCACCGUCCAAUGGACUCGGUGGAAACGGAGGUUCAGGAGCCGGAAGACCGUCCAGUAGUUACGGAGCACCUGGCGGAGGAAAUGGUUUCGGUGGUGGAAGCAACGGAGCUGGCAAGAACGGAUUCGGCGGUGCUCCAUCGAACAGCUACGGUCCUCCAGAAAACGGAAAUGGUUUUGGUGGUGGCAAUGGAGGUGGAUCUCCAUCGGGUCUCUAUGGACCUCCUGGAAGAAACGGUGGAAACGGCGGGAACGGUGGAAACGGUGGCAAUGGAGGACGGCCAUCGAGUAGUUACGGAACGCCUGAGAGAAAUGGAGGAAGACCAUCGGGUCUUUAUGGACCACCAGGUAGAAAUGGAAAUAACGGCGGCGGAAAUGGAGGAUAUAACGGUGGCAAUGGUGGAUAUCCAUCAGGAGGACCGGGUAGUAACGGGGGUGGCAAUGGUGGAUAUCCUUCUGGAGGUCCUGGUGGCAAUGAUGGCUAUCCUUCUGGAGGUCCCGGUGGUAAUGGCGGCGGCAACGGUGGUUAUCCUUCUGGACCAGGUGGAAAUGGUGGCGGUAACGGAGGUUACGGGGAAGAUGAAAAUAACGAACCAGCAAAGUACGAAUUCUCUUAUGAAGUCAAGGACGAGCAGUCCGGAGCUGAUUAUGGCCAUACGGAAAGCAGAGACGGGGAUCGCGCACAGGGAGAGUUCAAUGUUCUGCUUCCUGAUGGCAGAAAACAAAUCGUUGAGUACGAAGCUGAUCAAGAUGGAUUUAAACCUCAAAUUAGAUACGAAGGUGAAGCGAAUGGCCAAGGAUAUGGUUCUGGUGGACCAGGAGGCAAUGGUGGAGAUAAUGGAUACCCAAGUGGCGGACCUAACGGAGAUGGAGCCGGAGGGUAUCCGUCGGGAAGACCAGGUGGUGACAAUGGCGGUUACAGAAACGGAAAUAACGGUGGCAACGGUGGCAACGGUGGCAACGGUGGAAACAAUGGAGGAUAUCCAUCCGGAAGUGGUGGCGACGCAGCGGCUAACGGAGGAUAUCAAUACUAAAUGUUCAUCUAAGUGUAGUAAUAUAUAUCGCGUGUAUUACAAAAGGGGAAUACAUAGGGCAACGUUUAUCAUAACGCAUGGGAUAGUUUCUGUCUGGAACAGUAAGAACGCAACUGUAAUUGUGAGCGAUGAUAAUUUUAGUACGAUCGAAUUUUGAUAUCGAUCUUUACUAUAUUUAAUCGUUUUAGGACACUUACAAUUGAACGAUCAUAGAAUGAAAAGAAUGAUCACUCGUUUAACAUUGAAAACAGGCAGUUUUCAUAUUGCAAUGCUUCGUUUGUUUCAGACGUAGUAUCCUUCCUAGUAUAAAAGGAAUAACUAUUCAUAGGAUAAACAUAAAGACCUCAAAGUCAAUCCUUAGAAAUGAACGAUAUUGUUAGCUGUUAAUCGCAUACUUCUUGAUAUAUUCAUUUAUAACGGAAUUCACGUGCAAUAAUACUAACAAUAUCGUUUAAUAAACUUAGCAAACGCAGUGUCAUUACUUUUUAAAUCAAUUUCUCUUUCAGUAUAUAUAAUAAGACUCGUAAAUGAAUUGGUUAUCAUUAUAUAUACCAUUUGCGAUUUUUAUACGUGUGCAAUACUCGUCUUCUUCGAAAUAACUAUAAUUUCUUUAACAUUUGAUGAUCUAUCUAUGAUUUUAUAACUACCACCAGAUGUAUACUAAUUUUUAACGUUUGUUAAGAUAUUGUAUUUAUUACUAUUUAUCAUACUAUAUAUAUAUAUAUAUAUUUUAACGAUGUUUAAAAUGUAGCUGUAGAAACAAACGUCCGCAUAAAUAAAAAUUGCGGUAGGCCAUAAUGUGUUCAGUGUUCAGUCUUUCACUUACACCUUUCACGCUAUGUAAACGUUAUUCUACUACAAUUUAUAUGAAUAUACAUAUGUAUAUAUACAUAUAUAUUAUAUGAAUAUAUAUAUACAUACAUAUGUUUGUGUAUAAUCAUUUAAAUGAUCAAAAAAGAAAUGUGUACGCGAAGUAAUAAUAUUAAUCAUAUUUUUAUAUUAAUGAAGCACUUGUUUGUAAUGUAAUUAUCGUAUUAGAUGCUUAUGUACAUAUAAUCUGCUUCUUUCGUAUUUAUAAAUCAAAUUUCUAGGUUUCAUAUGAUAGCAAA